AUGAAUAUCAGAUAUAGAGGGGACCCUCGCCAACCACGGGACGCCGAGGGCGAGGCGGAGCCGCGGCCGCAGCAGCACCAGCAGCAGCACCAGCACCAGCACCAGCAGCCACAGCAGCCAAAUUACGGCGAACUACACCAACACCAGCCCCAGCCCCAGGCGAGAUUAUCCUCCGCCCAUGAGCCAAGCCAGUCCAGGCUCUCCGCAUAUGAGCCGCAGCAAGCGAGAGUGCCUUCCAUCUACGAGCCGCCACCGCAGACUCGGGUUCCGUCAGGCGGCUACCACGGAGGCGGCGGCCAUGGUUUAAGGCCAAUGGACUCGCGGUUUUCGUUGAACGAGCAGUUUGCCGCGACGAGGAGGGAGUACGAGUUUGGAGAAGAUGACGUUGUUUCCGUGUUCGACAGGUUGACCUUGUCGGAUAUUGAGUGGAGGGAGCCUAGCAUCUGGGCACCCAGUGGCGAGGGGUUAAGCACGGAUGACGUGCGCAAGGCGUACUGGAAGUGGUGCGGGCUCUUGUGCCCCGAGAACCAUGACCCAAGCGCGAGGGAAUCGGCGUGGAAGUACUUUCUUCGCGUGCAGAUGGCCUUUGAGACCCUCCUGGACCCUCAGCAGAGAGCCGCGUACGACUUUGCCUUGCGGUCCGGCUACGACCCCGGAAGCGAAGGGUUCGCCCUCCUCCUCGCCGACGCACUCGAGAGGCAGGCCGCGCGCGCCGCGCGCGUCCAAACCGGAUCCGAUCUCGGGAUCCGAGUGGACGCCUCUGCCCUCGUGAAGCGCCUGCGCGGCGAGCCCGUCAAGGGCGGGACUGGGCUGAGGCCGCUCGACUUCACGCUGGGGCACCACCUGACCGUUGCCGUGCCUGGUUUAGGCAACCUAGUCAAGAGCGGCUUACGCACGGUGCAGGGGCAGAUACUCGCGGCGCCGGAGCCCGCGUCGGAAAAGGGCGAGACGCCGACCAUUACGUUUGACUCGGCGUCGCUGGACUCGGCGCGGGAGGCUCCCGUCUUCAUCGUGCCGGCUCCGAGCCUGACGGUGUCUGGCUCCGUGUUUGGCGUGGCCGAGGACAUGGCCCAGAUGCCCAUGUCCCUGCUCUCCGACCGCUAUCAGCCGCUCCUGCCCUUGGCCAUUCCGAGGCAGCGCCUGAUCCGGCUCGUCGAGAGUCGACUCCUUCCUCUCGUUACCGCCCGCUUGCGCCAGGAUGUGCAUCGCACCACGAGCGACGCGCAAACUAUUCUCUCCAGCACCAGUAUCGAGCUCGAGAGCGAUGUCCUGCCGCGCGCCGCCCUAACCGUGCGCGCCGCCCACUCCGCCGCCUUCCACGGCCGCCCCACGACCCGGAUCGCCGGAUCCGGUACCGCCUUUGCGCGGGUGGACAGCGGCGACUGGGCGCUCGCAACGGAGGACACGUGCAAGUUCUUUAGCGAGUUCUCGCGCGUGAGCCGGCGCUUCUUCUACGCCGAGUUCCCCGUCCGCGUCCCCGCCAGCGUCGAGCUAGGAUACACCACCACCCCCUGCGCGCGGGGCCCCGCGCUCGACGUGUCCGCCCAUGCCCCCGCCUCCGUCUCCAGCGUGGCCGUCGCGGCGAACCACAACGGCGACGUGCCGGCCGGAGAGGGCGGGAUGCGCGGCCUAGACGACGAGCUCGACGCGGUCGGAUCCGGGUCGUGGGCGGCGUCGCUCGCCGCGACCGCCGACUCCCUGGGCGCCUACCUCCGCUACGGUCGGGACGUGGCAAACGUCGCAACCCUCCUCCCGUGGAAGAGGACGAGCCCGGGACCCGGCAGCACGGACCCGCGGCCCGCCCGCUUCGAGGCCGAGCUCUGCGCCAACACCUUGCUCGACCGCUACCUCGCCGUCCGCCACCUAUUCCCCGUGGGCCGCUGCUCCCGCCUGGGCCUGGAACUGGGUCUCUCCUCUCACGGCCUCCACCUCUCCCUCUACUGGUCUCGCCUCCGCCACCGCCUCAGCCUCCCCUUUUUCCUCCUCUCCCCGCGAUCCCUACCCCAUCCCGCCCGUCGCCUCCUCCUCUGCUGCGCCGCCGCGCCGUUCCUCCUCGUCGGCUGUCUACGCCUCCUAGCCGCCGCCACCACCGCCGCCGCCCGGGGCAAGAACCCGGCCGACGACGGUAACCGGAGGAAGAAGAACAGGGUGAUGGCGGCCAAGCGCGCCGCGCGCCGCGCCGAGGCCGACGACCUGACCUUUCUCCUCCACCGCGCCCUCCACUCCCGCGCAAACGCUGCUCCCGCCGCCUCUUCAGACGCUUCUUCUCCCCUCACCAUUGUCUCGGCCAAGUACGGCGCCGCAGACGCGGGCUGGGCCGGCGAGGACGUGGCCGACGUCACCGUCGCCCUCGCCGCCCUGGCCCGCGAGCCCGGCGGGCCCAUCGUUAUUCCUGCGCGUCUGCGCAUUAGCAGGCUUCCGGGCUUCUGGGAUCCCGCUCCCGGCAGGGACAAGGUCCUGCGGGUGAGUUCUGUUGAAUAA